CAUCCGAUGACGUAAGAUUAAGCUUUCUAUGGUGUGACUCAAAGUCUCUAUGGUGGCCGGAAAUAUCCUCCUUUCCCAUGGUAAGAUGGCGGCAGUUGACAGCGAAGUGCCAAUGGAGCCGGAGACGCACAUCAUGAACGAAGAAGAGAUCGAACGGGAAGCAGAAGGUUUCAAAGAACAAGGGAAUGCCUUUUAUAUCAAGAAGGAUUACUCUGAAGCAUUUAACUACUACACCAAGGCCAUAGGCACCUGCCCUAAGAAUGCCAGUUACUAUGGGAAUAGAGCGGCCACCCUAAUGAUGCUGAACCGGUACCGGGAGGCGCUGGAGGACUCCCAGCAGGCUGUGCGGCUGGACGACUGCUUCAUGAAGGGCCAUCUGCGAGAGGGUAAAUGCCACCUCUCCCUGGGUAAUGCCAUGGCUGCCAGGCGAUGCUUCCAGAAAGUUCUGGAACUGGAGCCUGACAACAGGCAAGCACAGCAGGAGCAUAAGAACGCAAACACCGUCCUGGAGUAUGAGAAAAUGGCAGAGUGUGAUUUUGAAAAGCGGGAUUUCAGGAAGGUGGUCUACUGCAUGGACCGUGCCUUGGAGUUUGCCUCUGCCUGUCAGCGCUUCAAGAUCAUGAAGGCUGAGUGUCUGGCCCUACUGGGCCGCUACCCAGAAGCUCAGUCCGUCGCCAGUGACAUCCUGCGCAUCGACUCCACGAACGGCGAUGCCCUGUACGUGCGUGGCCUGUGCCUGUACUACGAGGACUGCAUCGACAAGGCCGUGCAGUUCUUCAUGCAAGCCCUGCGCAUGGCGCCUGAUCACGAGAAGGCCCGUCUCGCCUGCAGGAAUGCCAAAGCCCUGAAGGCCAAGAAGGAAGAGGGUAACACUGCCUUUAAGGACGGCAACUAUGAGGCUGCCUUUGAUCUGUACUCCGAGGCCUUGAUGAUAGACCCCAACAACAUCAAGACCAACGCCAAGCUCUACUGCAACAGAGCCACUGUGGGCUCCAAGCUUAACAAAAUCGAACAAGCUAUGGAAGACUGCACGAGUGCCAUCAAGCUGGACGAGACCUACAUCAAGGCUUAUCUACGCAGGGCACAAUGUUACAUGGACACAGAAAUGUACGAGGAAGCUGUGCGAGACUAUGAGAAGGUCUACCAGACAGAGAAAACAAAGGAACACAAACAUCUCCUAAAAAAUGCCCAGCUGGAACUGAAGAAGAGCAAGAGGAAAGAUUACUACAAGGUGCUCGGGGUGGGCAAAAACGCCACGGAGGACGAGAUCAAGAAGGCGUACCGCAAACGGGCGCUCAUGCACCAUCCGGAUCGCCACAGUGCCGCCACUCCUGAAGUUCAGAAAGAGGAGGAGAAGAAGUUCAAGGAGGUGGGAGAGGCCUUCACCGUGCUGUCAGACCCCAAGAAAAAGUCCCGGUAUGACAGCGGUCAUGAUCUGGAAGAUGAUGGAAUAAACAUGGGAGAUUUCGAUGCAAACAACAUCUUCAAGGCUUUCUUUGGAGGCCCUGGAGGUUUCAGUUUUGAGAACAAUUCAUCAUCUGGACCAGGAAAUUUCUUUUUCCAGUUUGGAUAAAUUGGGAAAUGCCUGUGCUCACAGUAACCCUAUUAUGGACAUCAUUUGGACCACCCCCCCCCCCUAUUUUAUAACAGUCCUAAUAAAUCAGUUGUUAAAAUGAAAAAAAAAGUUUGUGUUGAAAAGGGCAUGAAAAUGCUUAUUUUUUUUAUUUUCUCAAGACUGUUGUAAUUUGGCUACAAACAGCAUGAUUUCGAAUCUUUAAAAUCGAAUCUGAUAUUCAACAGAAGAACUAACAUCUGUAGUUUUUAAAUUAUUGUUAUUACUAUUUAUUUUUUUGGGGUAAGUCAUUCAUCAGAUCUGGAGACAAAUAUGCAUCAAAACAGUGACUGAAGUCUAUAAAUGUGUUUUUCAGGCUGUUGUUCAGCGUCAACUGUAAGACAACCUUCUGCAUUUUCUGGCUGACUUACAAGACCCGAACAGCCUAGAAUCGUUAUCGCUUCAAUGGUGCUCAUAAUGAUUUUUGCCUAAACUGGUAAUAUGCAGAGGUAGACAUACAGGAAACUUGAAUCCUAUUACGACCUUGUGUGCUCCAUGGUAUUGUAGAGGCACGUCAGCAGGCCUGUGGGGAAGACCCUAGUGACUGGUGUGAUGUUAUUGGGUUUAUGAAGAAUAAGUACCAAAAAAAGCAGGAAGUCUUAACCUCAUGACUUUAUUAAUGUAACUGUCAUAUUUAGAAAGAUAUUUCUUUUCUGUACAUAAACCAGGUAAAGGAUACAGUCAUGAAGGUACAACACACAUGCUUCUUACAGAGGAGAAGGCCACUCGUCUCAAUCCUGUUCUUACCUCAGUACUUUGUUUCUCUGCAGGUUUAUAUAUCUUAUCACUUUUGUGUUAUUCAUCUCUUGCAUUUACUGGAAUGUAAGCUGUUGAUUUGUAUGUAUAGUCUGUGGUUAUGCAUUUUUUUAGUUUAGAUUUGUAUAUAUAAAAUUAUAUUUUUUGUAAAUUCAAACACAAAUCUCCACAGGUCUUAAGUGUGGGUGCUCUUCUCGUCCCUGCCGUUUUUAAUAUUGCGGUUUUUUUCUGGAAUGUGAACUGAACUUUUAAAUGCCUGUACUGCUUAUCCCGUUUGUUUAUUUUAUGCGUUCCAUCUUAUGAAUGGUCGCGGGCUCGUUGUAGACAGAAGUCCUGAUAGAUCGUUGCCUCCAUUUUUCUUUCUCAGACACAAGGAUCAGUUUGUGGAAGCUAAAACCUUCUCACAUUUGUGCGGCUGAAGAAUGAAUGUUCUUCAUUCACUCCGGAUCUCCGUAACCAUUGAUGCGUCAUGCAUGCUUUUGUCAGUCUGUUGUGCGCUGUGUUGUUUUGUAAACGGCACCACAGCUGUGAUUUACUGUAACUUGUCCGCCAUAUCAGUGACCUGUUUUUUUUCCCCACACGUAAAUGUUGGGGGGGGGGGGGGAAGCUACACCUCUGAACAGAGUAAUUUUUUUCUAUAUGCGCAGCCUGGAAGUGGAGAAAAUGUCUUAUUGUUAUUCAUUGAUGUACUUAUGACCCAUCUUUAUAAUUAAAUAUACCGCCAUACUCAUUUAAAGGGAGCCCCUAAAACAACCUUUUUGUUUGGGUAAUAGAAAAUAAAGAUUCAUUACUUAAUUCAAAA